CAGCAACCGAGUCCCCUGUUCCUUGGUUCCGGGGAGAGCUCCUCCUCAGUGAAGAAGAGAGAUGUCGGCCUCCUUAACGAAGAGAGAGUCGGAGCUCUCCGGGCAGAUCGAGGACUUCGUGGCGCUCCUGAAACGGGGCGGGAAGCAGCCUCGGUCGGAGGAGGCGGCCCGGAGGACGGUGGGGCUGCUCCGGAAGAUUGUGGCCCAUGGGCGAUGGGAGAAGGCCGGAGACCUAAUGGAACUGAUUCGUAAGGAGGGUAAGAGAAUGACUGCCGCUCAGCCAUCGGAGACCACUGUGGGUAACAUGGUGAGACGAGUGUUGAAGAUAAUUCGUGAGGAGUAUGGCAGGCUUCGAGGGCGCAGUGAGGAGAAUGACCAGCAAGAAUCCUUGCACAAACUUCUGACCUCAGGUGGUCUCAGCGAGGAUUUCAGCACCUACUAUUCCCCUCUUAGGCCCAAUAUCAUUGAAGCCAUUAAUGAAUUGUUGAUUGAACUAGAGGGGACUACUGACAACAUUGCCAUGCAGGCACUGGAGCAUAUACACUCCAAUGAGGUGAUCAUGACCAUUGGCUACUCACGCACAGUGGAGGCAUUCCUCAAAGAAGCAGCACGCAAAAGGAAAUUCCAUGUCAUUGUGGCUGAAUGUGCACCCUUUUGCCAGGGUCAUGAAAUGGCUGUCCGUUUAGCUAAAGACAAUAUAGAAACCACUGUCAUGAGUGAUGCUGCUAUCUUUGCUGUCAUGUCUCGUGUCAACAAGGUUAUCAUUGGAACAAAGACUAUCUUGGCCAAUGGGGCUUUGAUAGCUGUUAGUGGGACUCAUACCUUGGCACUUGCAGCCAAACACCACUCCACCCCUCUCAUUGUUUGUGCACCCAUGUUCAAGCUCACACCACAGUUCCUUAAUGAAGAUGACUCAUUUCACAAGUUUGUCUCACCACAUGAAGUGUUGCCUUUUACAGAAGGGGAGCUUCUGUCUAAAGUCAAUGUUUAUUGUCCAGUUUUUGACUAUGUUCCUCCAGAACUUAUCACUCUCUUCAUUUCAAACAUUGGAGGCAAUGCUCCUUCCUACAUCUAUCGUCUCAUGAGCGAACUCUACCACCCAGAUGAUCGAGAACUUUGAGCUACAGAUAUAAUUUAUACUUUGUUACCCAGGCAGAACCUCCAAGUAAAUAAAACAUAAGACUGAAGAAAAUGUUAAUUCUUUUUGAAAAAGA